AUGCUCCAGCGUCAAAAGCUAGCCACACUCCAUGGCCUCGCUCUACAUUGUGGAUAUCCGGCAAUCGGCAAUAAAACGGCCCGUGUGAAGGCCAUCGAAGAGCUGUGCUUUUCUGUAAACACUCAACCACUCAACAUCUUGUCUAUAGACAUAGGCAUCAAGAACUUCUCAUAUGCUAAGCUUCUGUACGCGGGGGUUCCGGCGAAGCUGAUCGGUUUGUUCGACUGGAAUCACGUAAAUUUGCAUAAUCGGUUUGGUCUACCGGAAGCCAAUUCGUCUACACUGCUUCUGAAGUCGUACAUGGCCCAGUUGGCUGUUCUGGUGGUGGAUCAGAUCUUAUUGGGCGAAUGGGUUCCUUCGUUGAUACUUAUGGAGAGUCAGAGAACGCGUUCAAAUACGAAUCUGGCAACUUUGCCCAAUGUCUUGUUGAACUAUACUUUGGAACACAUGAUAUACGCUGCGUUUGCAGCCAGACAGCAUACCCAUCCAGCCUUCAAGGAUGUGCCCAUUGUGGCCACAAACUCCACAAAGAUGGUGAAUUUUUGGAUCAAUCGUUUCGUGAAUAAAGACAAGAGGAUGACUGCAACAUUCUCCAAGAAGCUACGAGCUGGUCUCUUAUUCGGCUGGCUUUCAGAUGCGAAAAGUUCGCCAAUCGAUCUUUCCGAACUAUCAUCGAGGCUUCCAGACGACUUUGCCAGCUUCAGCUACCGAAAGAAGGUCUCAGCGUUUUUGGACUCAUUUUCGUUCGAGACGCUGCCAGGGAAGGCCGACGAUUUGGUCGACUGUCUCUUAUACAACAUAGCCUCUUACCAGCAGCUCCGACACCACCUUGAAUUGCAACCGUACAUCAAAGAGGAAAAAGAUGUCGAAGAGCUCGUUCAUCGCUGGGACGAGUCCCAUAUCGCUUACGUCAAACCUGUGGUUGAUGAGUUCGAUCUUGAGUUCAGACCAGAGUAUGCCUCAUGA